AUGGUCCUUAUGGGAUUUUCCUUUGCUGAACCCUGGACUCUGGUCAUAUUACACCGUUCCCUCAACAUCCUCCUGGAAGGCCAGGCCUUGAAACUCUUAUACACCUCUGAGAAAGAUCCGUCCAUGGAGAAACCUCCCUCCAAAAAGCGGGGCAAGAAGCUGGUUGGCUUGACGGGUGGAAGUCACAACACCACAAGCGUCUCAUUGUCCAAGUUGAUCAUUGAGGCCCUUUCCAUUUCUCAAGAGAGAACUGGCAUGUCUUUGGCAGCACUGAAAAAGGCGUUAGUAGCCGUGGGCUAUGACGUGGAGAAGAACAACAGCCGCAUCAAGCUGGGUCUCAAGAGCCUGGUUAACAAAGGAAUUCUGGUGCAGACCAGGGGUACCGGUGCUUGCGGCUCUUUCAAGCUCAGUAAGAAGGUUGCUGGUGAGCCCACCAAGGAAAAGGUCGAGAAGCCUUCUUCUACCAAGACGAAGAAGCGGGUCUUGGCCAGAGACUCCAAGUCUCCACAGAAAGCUAAGACCAACAAAAGAGCAAAGACGCCGAGGACAGCAAUGGCUGAGAAAGCUGGUAAGAGUGGCAGAAAAGCUAAAGGCAUUAAGGGCAAACAACAACGGGAAAAUCCAGCGAAGGCCAGAGCAGGAAAGCCAAAGGCUGGGAAUUCUAAACUGACCCAGCAGGAGACUAAUCUUAGGAAAGCAAUAACCAAGAAGUAAAAUUUCUGCAACGGCCAGUUUUCAUAGAACCCAAAGGCUCUUUUAAGAGCCACUCAAAUAAUUUUAAGAGGGUGUAACAUUGCGUUUUCAGAAGACUCUGGAAGAAAAGACUAUUCGUCAACCUUAUUGCUUGCCAAUAAGGAAGUUUGUGAUGCGGUGAUAGAGUCUUGUCAGACAAACGGUACAGACUCUGAAGAGCUUCGGAUACUUAAUGGUAUGCUGACUGCCCAGUUCCAGAAAGUUAGGUUGUCCAUCCUAAUAAAAAUAAGGCACAUUCAUUGUAUGUAAGUUCCUAAAUGCUUACAGAAGUGCUGGAUUUUAAGUCGAGAGGAGAGGAGAUCAGCUCCGUGCCCAACCAUACCUGGCCAUGUUUUUUCACCUAAUGCUAUUCUAGUAUAUGAUUUAAUGUGCCUUUCCAUGUAAGAUUUCUGAAGUCAGUCUCCAUGGACUUUACAGGGGUUAAUAUACAGAAACCAAGGUCACAAUUUGGAUUGGUGAGAAGUUUACUUCUGGUUAAACAGAUUUCUUUCCACUAUGAGUGAUUAGUUGCAUAAAUCACAGAUGUUUUACAUUUGCAAGAAUAUUGAAAUGCUUUUCACCUUCAUUAGUUUGCAAGUAGUUACCAGAUGACUUUAUAUAUUAAGCACAUACUGUUACAUU